AUGGCCUGCUCCUCCUCUCCCCCUUGGCACAACCUGCAGCACACCAUAGGUGGCCCAGCUCAUCCCUUCCCCCCCUUCCGAUGGUAACAACGCCAGCAAUGAUCGUGGGUCUCCUCCUUUGGCACAACAAGAAUAAGAUCAAUCGAAGACACCCCUGCGUGAGGUUGCAGUUCUCUCCCCAUGUCCAUCAUAACAAGAGGGAGAAAUCAUUUUCGUUUUGUUCCUUUUACUUUUAUGUAAUCAAACCUCUUUUAUCUUAGUUAAUACAAUCUAAAAUUCAUGAAAUUCUAUCCCCUUUUGCCUCAUCAAUUUUGAAUAGCCGAAGUCGUUGAAUGAAGUGGGAGAAUCAUCCCCACCAGUGAUCCGUAAUUUAUUUACAAAGUAGCUAGUUGAACCUUGAAAGAAAUCUUCUUCUCAACGUGAACUGAAUAUUUCUAUUCAUGGUUGUCAGAUUUCAAAGAGUAAAAAAAUCAGAAUAUAAUUAUUAACUAAUAUACAUCAACUAAUUCAAAACUCUCCUUAUGUUCAACCUGGUUUUCUAUUAAUUCUUAUGCACACAUGUCCCCUACCUAUCCCUCAACUACUCGAGCUCCUUGAUGGCGACUUUGCUUGACUAGACUUUUGACCCUCUUGUAGGCCCAAUUGUUUGGCUUAUUCCCCCCUUUUUCUAUCUUUUUAUUUUAUUUAUUUUCUCUUCAUUUACCUCAAAAAUAGGAGUAUAAAAAUUAUAUAAAUUCAUAUAAAAUAACAUAAUUAGCCAAAAAUUCAUAUUAACCAACUAUUUUUUUCAUAAUUUAACAUAAAUAUAAGUCUAUUUAUUAUUAUUUAAAGUUUAAAACAUAUAAUUAAUUAAUUAUUAACUCAUGAUAAUGAAGCCUUAUCACAUGCCCUUCAACAAAAAAAUUAUUUUAUUAUAAUAUAUAUUAAAUAAAAAAAUAAAGAGAGAUCUGAAUCAGAGGUAAUAGAUUUGAGGUAGAAUAUAUUUCUUAUCCUAAAUAGAUUAAUUACUAAUCAAAAUAAAUAUUAAGAUAUAACACUUAAUAAAUAAUAUAAAGGUAAUACACUCAAAAUAUACGGUUAUAUUGUAUUUUCAGAUCUAUAGGGUUUUGAGAAAAAAUAUAUCUUUAGGUAUAUAUACUCAUAAGUUACUAAUUUUUGAGGUCUCUCACGUGACUUAGUCAUUGUAUAAUAAAUCAUGCAAAUUUAAAAUUCAUAAAACUAGAAAAUAUUAAUUUUUAGAUAUUAAGAUUUUAAAUAAGUAUAUCAAUUAUAAUUCAAUAAAAGUUUUAAAAAUAGUCAAAAAAUUUCAAGUCAAUCAUAG